AUGGUGGGACUAGACCAGAUGAUGUCUUCGUCAAGUCCGAAUCGUGGAUCGAAAGCGGCCGGAUCCAACAGUCGGCCCUCCAGCAAGGAUGGCUCUAAGAAGAACAUCUGGUCCUCGCUGCUCGAUGGUGUUGCCAACGGAAAGCGCCUACCUGAGAAGAAUUUGCUGGUCCUAGGAGGUACACCGGAAACCCAAAGGGAAUUUCUCGAGACGUUUUCCGCAGACCCCAGCCUAGUGAACGAGAAACGGAAGGGCAAAAAACCACCAAUCGCCAAUCAGUUCGCGCUGGGAUACACAUAUCGAGAUGUGCUCGACGCCGACCAAGAAGAUACCCUGGCGCGUGUCUCGGCCUACCUCCUGUCCGAACCCUCCCCGUCCUUCGCCCCGCUCCUCAAACCGCUCCUGACCCCUCAAUCGGUACCGGAAACGCUGGUCGUACUUCUCCUGGACUGGUCGGACCCGUGGACCUGGAUCCGGCGACUAAGAGAAUGGGUCCGUCUGCUCCGUUCGGUCCUGGUUUCGCUCGACGAUGAGACCAAGAUCGUCAUGGAAGAGACCAUGACUGAAUGGCGUGAUCGAAAAAGGGGCAUGGAUGCCAGUUCUGCCGCAACGGGCGGACUAUCAAAUUCGGGUGGUCCGGUCACAAUACCUCUAGGACCUGGCGAGUGGGACGAGGGGUUGGGAAUCCCGAUGUGUGUGGUCUGCCAGGGAGCAGACAAAAUCGAGAAGCUGGAGAAGGACCAUGGUUGGCAUGAAGAGGAAUUCGACUUCAUCCUGCAGUUCCUGCGAACUCUUCUCCUGAAGCAUGGUGCCUCGCUCAUCUAUACCACUCCGUUCCUGGCCAACUCCCUGCAGAGUCUGAUCCAUUCCUCACUGGGAAUUCAUUCUUUACUCAAGAGACAGUCAUUAAAACAUAAUGUGAUCGACCGAGACAAGAUCUUGGUGCCGGCCAACUGGGACUCAUGGGGCAAGAUCCGGAUUAUUCGGGAAGGAUUUGAUAUGGAGGGCGUGUCGACUGCGUGGUCAAUCGAGAUCCAAGACCCCCCGGAGCCGAUCGAUCAACCAGCGGCUGGUCAGCCAGGCGAAAAUACGGACUCGGCAGACGAUGGGUCCAGCGCCGUGACGGUGUUCGAACAGACGAUCAAGGAUCCCAAACGCGAAACAACCAUCGCCCAUCCCAGCACCACCCCUAGGGACCAGCUCGAAGUUGAAUCCUCAGAUAUGCAGGGAUUCCUAGAGAAACAAUCUGAGGUGCUGGAAGAGCUGAAGAAAAAGGAUGACAAGGACCGGGCUAGUCAGCCCAUCCCGCAGCUGGAGAUGUCGCCCAUGGAUGACCAGGGCCGGGUCAAUGAGCACAUAGGUCCGGUACAGUUCAACAUGGGCGGGAUCCAGAUCGAUGCCGAUGAUAUGCUGAAGAAGCUUCGGGACCGCGAAGCCAGUCGAUCCCAAAGAAAGGAGGGUAUCUCCAGUCCGGGCGACGAGAAAGCGCACAACCAAGCCCUGGCGAACUUCUUCGCUGGACUCGUCAAGAAACCCGGUGGGAGUCCGCGCGGAAGCCCGUCUGCGUAA